UCAAACACCACAUAUCUCAUCUCUGUCGUCGCUUUCACAUCACCGUCUUGAAAAGGGUGGUGCCACUCUUCAUACUCAACGUAAAGAUGUCGGCUAACUCAACAGCCUAACGACGCCGCAGCUGGGCGUGCUUAAGAAGCCACGAUCGAAGCCAAUUACACAACAACAUUUACUGGCGCUCAUUUAACAGGCUCAUCUUGUCACGAAUAUGGCUCUCUUACAAAACGAGGAAUUUGCGAUAUGGUACUUGCGGACUUCGUAUCUGGCCAGUGUUAAAGACGGGAUUGCCGAGCGUCUAAUCAAUGUCAACAAUUCAAUAUUGAAUACUCCAGGUUUCCGAGCUGCUGGAUGGUCUGCGGAUCCUGUUCAACGAACUUACUCUCCGCCAAUACCGACAUCAAUCAACACUGAGUACUUUCAGGCGGGACUCGAACUUCAACUCUCUAACUCCCUGGGCGACCAAGGCGACGAGGUUGACGAAGGUGGAUUAGUAACUGGCAGGACCAGCAAUGACACGAUCGGCCCCGGAUUCAAUGCAAGGAGGCGGAGGAGAAAAGAACAUGUCGAGGAUGACGACAGUAGUGAUCUUACAGAUGAAUCCGAAGAAGAAGCUGAAGGUGCGCAACGCGCCGCUCAGCAGAUUCGCUUUGCAAAAAUGCCUGCUAGAAACAGGGCGGACUCAUCUCCUAUUCGAGGUGCUGGGCCAGACAUCAUAACGACCUCUCCUUCAAAACCGAGAACGGACAACAGAAGAAGGACUGGCUCACUCGGAGCUGUAGAAGCCGUCAAAGCUCGUGCCAGAGCCGAUACUACUACAAGUAGUGAACUAUCCUCUGAAAAUGAAGUUGACCCGACUUACUUCCAGCGUCGCCAAGUCAAUGCCGGUAAAAAAUCUCUAUCUGCACCACUCCUUGAUGAAGGUGUUAUGAGAUCAGGAGCAGGACACCGGCAUCAGGUACAUGAUGAUUCGGACGCAGAAUCGGUGGGAUCAGCAAUGUCCUCAGAACUAGGUGAAACCGUCGACUCCGCGUCCAUUCUGAACACCAUUGCAGAGUCAAAUUUGCCCUCCUCGCCCCCUAUACUGAGCAGUUUCACCGCUUCUGGAUCCUCAAUUACACGAAUUCCCGUCUCAGAAUCGCCUAGGAAACAAAGAACACUUCCAGUCCUCCAUGAACUACCACCUCCACGACCUAUCAGCUUUAUUCAGCCCAAGAGUCUGCUUUCGGCGGCCUUGAAUGCACAGAAAAAGGCACCUAGCAAUCCGCUUCAGGCUUUUGCUGGUUUGUCUGGCAAAGGCAACCCCAAUCCUUUGUGGAUAAAAAUCUAUGCGCCUUUCUCGGAAGAUGCGGACGAACCCAUUGAGAUGCCACUGGCCCGAACUUCCAAGGAUGGUAAUUCCGUGAUUGUCGCAGAAGCCAUCGGCCUUAGCCUCUGGCGGUAUCAGGAAGAGAAGUUAGAGCCUCCCCUUGCUCCAGAACAACUAGAUGUUAAUAAGUGGACACUGCGAAUGGUUGAGGACGGAGAGAUUGAUGAUGACUUCCCGCCCCUUGUUCGUACGCGUCCUAUCACUGACUUCACAUACAACAACAAUCGUGGAGGAAGGGCUAGGUCCAGAGAACGUCCUUUUGACGAAUUUGCUCUCGUCGAAGCAUCGCCUGCUCAGUUCGAGGCUAAUAAAAGAAACACGCCUCAGUUCGCAUUCGCGGCGGAAGAGGAACUUGCACCAAUGCCAACGCUCGAGCCAGUCGAGACGCAGUCGCAGCUUCAGAUGGUACCAAAGCAGGCACAGGCCAGAAAUAACCUUCUUCUCGCAGGACAACCGUUCACUUCAGCAUUAGCUAACUCGUCGUUAACACCAGCAGACUUGCCUGCCCCUUCCACUUCGCAUGCAACUCCACGUAUGGGUACGACGAAGACGAUCCGAGUACGGUAUUUUGAUGUCGAUGUUGCGGCUCAGACCAUGACUAUGGAAGUCUCUACAGACAGCUACAUAGCUGAAAUACUCGACCAUGUGUGCAAGAGAUGGAAUUUCGAGAAGGCUGGUUUCGUGUUGAAAGUCGCAGGGACGAAUACUGUUGCACCCCUGGAUAGAACAGUCGAAGCCCUAGGAACUCGGUCUGACUUGGAUCUUGUGCGAAGACGAUUCGGAGCGGGCGUGGCGGCUUUGACAGGCUCCCCAGGCAGUUCAUCGCCGAAUGCACCCCUCUUGCUGGACAUCCAAGGCCCGAAGAAGACCAAGAAAGGUCAGCUACAUCACCCGCUGGCAAACAAACAGGACCUAGUGUCGAGCGCCAGCAAUUUCAAGAAAUACUACGUGAUCAGGAAGCAGAUGGCGCCAUUUGCUCAAGGCAGCCAAAGAACACUCGUUUUCGAUGGAGAUCUGAUGCAUGUCAUGCAUACUGAUGCUGGGACGAACUCGAAAUUCACUUCGUUCCCCUUCAGCGAUAUCCUACGGUGUAAAGUCAGCACGAAGCACUCCAAGUUGAUCCGGGUUUUUGUUCGCAGGCCGAAUGAGAACAAGAGAUAUGACUUUGAGGCGAGAACGGCAGCGGAGGCCCAGGAAAUAGUGGACGAGAUUCUCCGUGAGAUGAGGCAAACACGGGCAUGAUAUAGAAAAUCCCCUAUGGAAUAUUUGAGUACCCUUUACUCAUGACCAGCACCAGUCACCUGCAUGUGUAUGAAUGCCAUUACAGUACUACGUACUUAGGUAGAGAAUGAUGAC